CAGCAUCGCAAAUCGUCACAGUUCAAAGAGCAAUCGAUUCUUAAUUGCAAACUUUACCACCAAUGGACACUUUACUUGACACACAACUACAGCGCAUGGAAACAGCGCUGGAUGCAUUGCUACAGUCCAUCAUCACAUACAAUCCUUCCGUCACCGCAGCCGACGCGCUUCUUCAAGCAGAUGAUGAAUUGAGCAAAGGCCUAGAGCAACUUACGCGACACCAAAAUAAUUACAUCCGUAUACUACAGUUAAGGGAAGAAGCGGAGCUUCUUGAUUCCCAAAUUAAAUCCAGUGUGCAGCUCCUCGCCGAAGUGCGCAAAGAACUUCUUGCAGUUCCAUUAGACACGUCGAAAGAAAACACACGUCCAGUACCUUACAAAGAAUUGCUCGCAUAUGCAAAAAAUAUCAGCCCGUUUACGAUACCAGCAGCCUUCCGACCGAAACCUGCCGCACCAGCGUCGACAUCUAGCGACGACAAGCAAUGCUCUGCGACUGCGACAACAGCAAUGGCAGAAAUCAACGAUCAUGCCAUAGCGAAUACACCAGCUGUAGAAGGGGAAUCACGAACACAAGAAGAUGGUGACAGCAGAACCAUAAAUGUUUUGAACGAGGAGCAACGAGCAUGGAUUGCGGAUCUGAACAACCUCCCUUUCCAGCCUUGGCCUGGUGAACAAGAAAUGGCGCUGGGAGCACUACAUGUGCUGAAUCAUCAAGUUAUUAACGGGAAUGAUCCUACUGAUAUUACUCGCAUAAUUGAAGACGAGCGCGUGGCAAAGGAGGAGGCUAAGAGAAAGACAGAGGAGGAAGAGAAAAAGAAAUUCGCUGGAUCAAGACCAGUAGCAUCGGGUGCUAGUGGCCCUACAGUAGCACAAUCGACAGUAAGUGAAAGUGGGCGGGGAGGAGGUGCAAGAUUUGGAUUGGAGGAUUCAGAUGACAGCGAUGACGAUUGACCGACUACACUGCCCUCGAGAAUAUCAGUUGAACCGUAGUUCUAAACUUAACAUAUGGGGUAAAACAAGCAUGGUCGCUUUAAUCCCGUGAAUAUAGAACUCGAAGUUGCGGUAUUGGAGCAGAAGAUUACAGUGUUAGCAUCUGCUAGACAUCGCAAGUUCCCAUCCGUCCGUCGUCACCUGAGAAGAGCGUAUUCAUGAUAUAACCAGCCGGCUCCCUCAAAAUUCAAAAGCAAUGCAUAUUGGUAUCAUUUUUUCUA